CAUCAACAUGUUCUCUGUAGCUCUGAUACUGCUGCUGGCUGCUGGAUCCUGUGUGAACAGUAUUGAUCUCAUCCAGACAGACUCAAUGGUUGUGCAGCCUGGACAGUCUCUGACCAUCAGCUGUCAGGUCUCUGGUUAUUCUUUGACUGAUAACAGCUAUGCAACAGGUUGGAUCAGACAGAGUGAAGGAAAACCAAUGGACUGGAUUUCCCAUCAGUGGGGAACAAGUGGCCUUCGUCAAAAUAAUGCUCUGAAGAACAAGUUCAGCUACAGCAGAGACACUUCUGCUCUAACAGUGACUCUAAAAGGACAGAAUGUGCAGCCUGAGGACACAGCUGUGUAUUACUGUGUACGUCAGCCCACAGUGAUACAAACCACCAACAGACCUGCACAAAUACCCAGAGUUUGGAGUGAGAUCAAACUGGACCAGUCUCCCUCUGAGGUGAAAAGACCUGGAGAGACAGUGAAGAUGUCAUGUAUCAUAUCUGGUUAUAGCAUGACAAGCAAGAAUAUUCACUGGAUACGACAGAGACCAGGAGAAGCUCUGGAGUGGAUUGGGUGGAUGAACACAGGUUCAAACUCUGCUAGCUAUGGCAGCUCCUUUCAAAGCCGUUUCAUCAUGACUGAAGAUGUUCCCAGCAGCACUCAGUACCUCGAGGUCCAGAGCCUGACAGCAGCAGAUUCUGCUGUUUACUUCUGA